AUGUCAUCAAAGCGUGCCCAGGAUAUCCAGCAGCAAAGAGCUAAGCUGCCGAUUGCGCAAGGGAAGGAUGCUAUUCUGCGCGAGAUCUCUGCCAACGAUGUCACAGUCGUACUGGGAGAAACUGGAUCUGGAAAGACGACCCAGAUCCCACAGUACCUGCUAGAGUCUGGUCUCUACAACAGAACCAUAGCCGUGACACAACCACGCCGUGUUGCCGCUACCUCGCUCGCCGCUCGCGUAUCCCAAGAACAACAAAGACAGCUUGGUACGCUCAUCGGCUACUCCGUCCGCUUCGAUGAGAAGUCGAAUAAGGACACGCGCGUCAAAUAUCUUACGGACGGUAUGCUCAUGCGCGAGAUGAUGGGAGACCCGACGCUAGAACAAUACAGCGUGGUGAUCGUCGACGAAGCGCACGAGCGCACUCUGCGCACAGAUCUCAUCCUCGCGAGCUUGAAGUCCAUCCUGCGCAAGCGCAAUGGGUCGGGUGCGAAACGUACCGCCGACGGCAAGCCCAAAAACCCUCUGAAAGUGGUGGUCAUGUCCGCAACACUGGAUGCGGAAAAGUUCAGCGAGUUCUUUGAUAAGGCAAAGAUUAUCUACGUCCAGGGUAGGCAGCACCCUGUCACAAUCUACCACACAUCAUCGCACCAAAACGACUGGGCGGAAGCUGCUCUACGGACCUUCUUCCAGAUUCACUUGGACCAGCCCGAUGGCGAUGUGCUCGUCUUCCUACCAGGGCAGGAGGACAUCGAAAACCUGGACGCAUCAAUACGAAAUCUUGCUCAGCAGAUGCCUCUGGGCUGUAAGUCCGUCAAGACGUGUCAACUAUACGCAGCCCUACCCAACGAGCAACAGUCUGCCGUCUUUGAAGCUGCUCCACCAAACUGCCGGAAGUGUAUCCUCGCAACGAACAUUGCGGAAACGUCCCUCACCAUUCCCGGCGUCAAAUACGUCAUAGAUAGCGGCAAGCAGAAAGAGAAGCGGCACGUCAGUCGUGCUACAGGUGCUGGCGUGAACGCACUCCUGACACUUGACAUCACCAAAUCCUCUGCUGUGCAACGUGCAGGUCGAGCCGGCCGCGAAGGGAAGGGCUACUGCUACCGUCUAUAUACGGAGGACGCCUUCAAGAAGAUGCACCUAUCCUCGGACCCCGAGAUCAAACGGACCAGCCUAACAAACGCGUUGUUGCAACUCAAGUGCGCGGGGCAGGAUAUAGAAGACAUCGAAUUCAUGGAUCAACCAGAAGACAACCUGGUCAGCGCUGCCUUGCGCACGCUCUUUCUUAUCCAAGCUUUGGAUCACAAGAGGGCGCUUACCGAGACAGGUCGCAAGAUGGCGAAGUACCCAAUUGAGCCCGAACACGCCGGGAUACUAUUGGAGUCGGUCGAGCAUCACUGCACCUCAGAGAUCAUCUCUAUCAUCGCUCUCAUGUCUGUAUCUUCACCGCUCUUCCCCGACUCAGUAGCUUCCCGCGAUGAAGCGACUGAAGCUCGCGCCAAGUUCCGACAUCCAACGGGCGAUCAUCUCACCUGGCUGAACGUCUUGCGCGCUUACGACGAGAUCUCCAAAUCAUCGAAGUCUGAACGCUCACAGUGGUGUAAAACGAACUUCGUCAGCGAGCGGACACUUCGCGAGGCGAAUGACAUCCGCAAUCAGUUACGAGACGUUUGUGAGAAGAAUGGCGUUGAUUGGAGAGCCUCUGCGGGCGACCACGAAGAGCCGAUACUGCGCAGUCUUGCUCGCGGAUUGGUGCUGAACUCUGCUAUACUGCAACCCAAUAACACGUACAAGCAAGCCUUUGGCCCCUUGGAAAUCAAAAUACACCCCAGUUCCGCGUUGUCUGAUAGGCAUUCACCUGCAUUACUGUACACUGAACUGGUCAGCACUACAGCCGUUUACGCUCGCGGCGUUUCAGGGAUACCACGGACAUUCCUCGCUUCAUUGUCUCUUGCAGCGCCUGCCCCACAACGUCCAUCUACAUGA